AUGGAUUGGAUUCACUGUAACAAUUGUUUUAACCAACUGGAACCUGGAAUUACUCUUCAUUUGACGUCAUGUGGUCACAUGUUUUGUAAUAAUUGUCUUAACAAUGGUGUUAAAGAAGGCACUUGCCUUGUUUGCCGAGUACCGUGCUCUAUAAUGAAACUUGUUCCGGACAUGAAUCAAGAAAUUCAAGAUUAUUUCACAGAUCCAGAGGAAUUAAUUAAAAAAUGUUCCGAAGUUUUGCAAUUUCAACGGCAGCACAGACGGCGAUUACUGUCGUAUUUGUUACAAUCGACGAAGAAAUUCUACAAAGCCAGAAGCGAAUUAAAGCGUAUGACAGAGCUGUGUAAAACACAGCAUAUGCAACUAAAAGAAUAUCAGAAGAUCAUAAAGAAAUUGGAAUCUCAGCAACAAGGUCAACCAAGUAAGUACAACUAUAUUUUAUUUUAUUUAUUUUUCAUUCAAAGUUUCAUUUCUCUGACGGCCAGUUUCAAAACUAUCUACCUCUUAUUUUGGUUACUACUUAGAGAUAUAAUUUUGACAAAUUACGUUUUUCUAGAGCAAGUAUCGCCGUUCAAUGUGCCCAUAUCGCCAGGGACCAAUAUAUCGCCUACCUUCAUUCAGACUACGCCUACGUAUAAGAGAAAUGCCAAAAGCACACCGUAUAAUGUAAGAUCAUAUCAUUCUAACCUCGUGACACCGACUCGGAUAAGUAAGCAACGAACAACAAACUUCAGUUCAAGUCAGCGCUCCAAUACAUCGAACAAGAUAUCCUCAACCGUAUUCACUCCCCCCACACCAGAUUCGGUUGGGUACAGCAACUUUUUAAAGAAUCUUUAACGGUUGUCUUCGAGUCAAUAUAGCAUUGAGUCUGGUUACUCGUCCAAUAGUCCUCGGAAGAAAUCGCCUGUUAUUUUGUAUUGCAACGGCUAUUCGGACAAAUGUCCUUUUAAAAAAUGCUCUAAGCUUCUUUAAAAUUUACAUAUAAAUAAUUUUACUGUGGCAAUUAAUUUGAAUAAUUCUGCAUGAUGUUUUUUCAGUGAUUAAAUGUUUGAAAUAAAAA